AUUUGUUUGAACCUCUUGUAGGAAACAGAGUUGGGAGUUUCCUGAGACAAUGACGGAUUAUUGUAAAUGAGUGACUUUGAGCUGUCUUUGGAUGUGAUCAAUAUAGAGUUUUUCUAAUCUUCUAAUCUGAGUAUUUUGAAGCUCUUCAAAGGAGAAGAGAAUCACAUAGUAUGGUGCCCAUUGACAAUGGGGAAUUAUCUAGAGACAAUUCAGUGAAAUGGAUUCUUGAAAAUGCUGAAAUAGAUAGUGAUGUUCCGGAUAAUGUAAACCAAAAAUCUUUCAAGAAAAAUUAUAGCAUUUCAAGAAGAAGAAAUGGCGUCGUUCCAAGAAUGGGGAGGAUGCAAUCAGGAGCUUCUAGAGGGCUCAAGAGCUUGCGAUUUCUUGACAGAACAACUACAGGGAAGGAGGGAGAUGCCUGGCGAAGUGUGGAGAAACGAUUCAAUCAAAAUGCAGUUAAUGGGAGGCUCUUCAGAGAGAAAUUUGGGACCUGUAUUGGUAUGGGAGAAAGCAAGGAAUUUGCUGGAGAGUUAUUCGAUACGUUGGCAAGGCGUAGGAAGAUCAACACAGAAGAUGGUAUAACAAUUGAUGAAGUGAGAGGAUUUUGGGAAGACAUAUCAACUCAAUCUCUUGAUGCAAGGCUUCAUAUUUUUUUUGACAUGUGUGACAAGAAUGGUGAUGGGAAACUAUCAGAGGAAGAGGUAAAGGAGGUUCUAGUGAUGAGCGCCUCGGCAAACAAAUUGUCAAAAUUCAAGCAACAUGCAGCGACAUACGCAGCUUUAAUCAUGGAAGAGCUUGAUCCUGAUCAUUUGGGAUAUAUUGAGAUGUGGCAACUUGAAGCUCUACUAAGAGGGAUGGUGGGAUCAGAAGAAGGGGAAAAAACUCUGAAGAGAUCACAAACACUAGCAAAAACCAUGAUCCCAAAAGAAUACAGAACUCCAGUCAGCAAAUUCUUUUACAAAACAUCAGAGAAAAUACAAGAAAAUUGGAAAAGAAUAUGGGUACUAACAUUGUGGUUGUGCAUCAACGUAAUACUCUUCACUUGGAAGUUUCAACAAUUUAAGAGAAAAGCAGCAUUUCAGAUCAUGGGUUAUUGCGUUUGUAUAGCUAAAGGUGCAGGAGAGACACUUAAGUUCAACAUGGCUCUCAUUCUUUUUCCUGUAUGCAGAAGAACACUUACUAAGCUAAGAGAAACUUUCGUUGGUUCAAUUUUUCCAUUUGAUGAUAACAUCAAUUUCCACAAGAUAAUUGCAUUGGGAAUUGCUAUCGCGACGUUUAUUCACACGCUUUUCCAUUCAAGUUGCAAUUUUGUGAAACUAACAUCAUGUCCACAAAGUAAAUUUAUGACAUUUCUUGGAAGCAACUUCGACUACCAUCAACCGAGUUACUUGGAUCUGGUGGCAUCUAUCCCUGGCGUAACUGGCAUUCUGAUGACACUUUUCAUGCUUUUCUCGUUCACAUUGGCUUUACAUUCAUUCAGAAGGAACGUCAUCAAAUUGCCAUGGCCGUUCCAUCAUUUAGCAGGAUUUAACGCGUUUUGGUAUGCACAUCAUCUGUUAGUCCUCGUCUACAUCCUCUUGAUUCUCCACGGAUACUUCAUAUACCUUACUACAGAAUGGUACAAAAAGACGACAUGGAUGUAUCUUGCAGUUCCAUUACUUACAUAUGCUACGGAAAGAACUCUCAUCGUCUAUGAGCACAGCUACCAUGUCAAUAUCAUAAAGGCUGUCACAUAUACAGGGAAUGUAUUAGCAUUAUACAUGAGUAAACCUCCAGGAUUCAAGUAUAAGAGUGGAAUGUACCUUUUUGUUAAAUGUCCAGAUAUAUCAACUUUUGAAUGGCAUCCAUUCUCAAUCACUUCAGCACCAGACGACAACUAUUUAAGUGUCCAUAUACGUACAUUGGGAGACUGGACUACAGAGCUUAAAACCAGAUUUGAGAAGGCCUGUGAGCCUCAAGCUGCACAAUCAAGGAAGGGAAGUCUUGUUAGAAUGGAAACUAAAGUAUAUUCAGAUGUCCAGCACUCUCAAUCCGAAUUUCCUAAGAUCACUAUCAAAGGACCUUAUGGUGCACCAGCUCAGAACUACAAGAAAUAUGAUAUCCUUCUAUUGAUUGGCUUGGGAAUAGGAGCAACACCAUUUAUCAGCAUUUUAAAGGACCUUCUAAACAAUGAAUCUGAAUCUAAUCAGCAAUUUGGUGAAUCAUCAAGUAAUAAGAGAGGUCCUCACAGAGCAUAUUUCUACUGGGUGACAAGAGAACAAGGAUCAUUUGACUGGUUCAAGGGUGUUAUGGAUGAUAUUGCUGAAUAUGACCAUAAUGAAUUGAUAGAAAUGCACAACUAUUUGACUAGUGUUUAUGAAGAAGGAGAUGCUAGAUCUGCACUUAUUGCAAUGGUGCAAUCACUACAACAUGCUAAAAAUGGACUUGAUGUUGUCUCCGAUAGUCGGAUAAGAACACAUUUUGCAAGACCAAAUUGGAAAAAGGUAUUCUCUCGGUUGGCAGCAGUCCAUCCAUCUUCUCGAAUUGGUGUAUUUUACUGCGGAAGUCCAACUCUUACAAAACCACUUAGAAGGCUGUGUCAAGAAUUUAGUUUAAAUUCAUCUACUCGCUUCAAUUUCCACAAAGAAAAUUUCUAGACAUAUAUAGUAAUAGUGGUUUCACAUAUUUACUUCACUGAGCUAUGAAUUCUACUAAUAAUUUCCUGUAUAAAAUGUUACCCGCUUGCAAUUCUACUGAAAGAUGUUGCUUGAUAUGUACUGGAAGAGAAAUUUUGGAAGUUGCGCUUUCA